AUGGCCCAAAUAUUUAUAAUCUUAUACCUGAUUCCUGAACCUCAGAACCUGAUACGGUGAGGUGAGCAGUUGAGACUUGAGAGAGGCGGAGAGCAGAGAAUCAGAGAGAGGCUGAGGCGGUCCAGCUGGACCAGCCGUCCAGGCGGAGGAGCUUCAAGCUUGCUGCCUUGCUUGAGCCUUGAGCUGUUGUCUGUUAAGCAGAUGAGAACAGACUGAACGGUGGAGACUGGAGACUAGAGAGAGGCGGAGAGCAGAGACUAGAGAGAAAGCUAGGUGAUAACAAUAAUGCUAUUAUCAAGAAUUUUUGGGAGAACACUGUUUGCAGCGGCCAAAUCAGAAACAUCUAAUGCAACAGCUGCAGCUGCUUCUGUAGCAAGGAACCCUCUGCAAGAGUUCUUUGAGGCUGAUAGGAAUAUAGAUGAUGAUAAACCUGUUGUCUAUGGUCGUAGUUGGAAGGCUUCUGAACUGCGACUGAAGUCUUGGGAUGAUCUUAAUAAGCUAUGGUAUGUCUUGUUAAAGGAGAAAAAUAUGCUGAUGACCCAAAGACAGAUGCUUCAUUCACAGAAUCUACGGUUUCCUAACCCAGAGCGCAUUCCCAAGGUGAGGAAGUCAAUGUGUCGUAUCAAGCAAGUGCUCACUGAAAGAGCGAUUGAGGAACCUGAUGCUAGAAGGUCGGCUGAGAUGAAGAGGAUGAUAAAUGCUCUUUGAUAACUUCCAGCUUGUGUCUAUUCACUAAACACUGUAUUGGGUAUGUUUGUGGACUGCAAUAUGGCCACAUUUUUCUGGGUGCAACUUUGAAUCUUCUGGUAAUCACCUAGUAUCACUGUUAUGAAGUAAAUGGACAAAUUGCAGCAAUUCAUGAAUUGACAGAGUACUUGUUUCCUAUCUCUGAGAUUAGUUUUCCUGUAAUGAACUAGUGAUGUUUUUGAGCACAUAAUUAACACUGCUUGCGCCUGGUGGAUAUGUAGAACAUAAUGCAUAUUCUGUUUGGGCUAUCAUGUUUGAGCAUUGUAGUCUCUGUCUCAUUUUCAUUUUUGAAUUUCCUUCUUUUGUAGUCUCAUGAGUUUUGGCACCGGGGACAUGAUCUGCUUGAAGGUCCUUUACAAUGUUUGCUAUAGUUUUAAACAA